GUUUUUCUGCCAUAUGUUUACGACGAGUUGACAGAGGAGAAGUUCAGCGCUUGUGCUGCUGUGUAUAGAUUAGGACAUUGUCUUCAGCGUUUAGGUCAGCCCCAUAGUACAGCAGCCCCAAGAUGCAGAAGAGUUACGAUGAGAUCCAGCCUCAGCCGACCUCGCUGCGGUUCUUCACGCUAUUCGUGGUGCUGUCACAGAUCCUGGGGGUACUGGUGGUGGUGAUGGUCGGGGUAUGGAUGGGUCACUUCCAUGGGGGGUUUGGCUGGAUGGAGAACCCUGGGCUAGAGUUUAACUACCACCCCCUGUUCAUGGUCCUAGGGCUGGUGUUCCUGUAUGGAGAUGCCAUGUUAGCGUACCGCGUCUUCCGCUAUGAGAGGAAGCUGUACAUCAAGAUAGUCCACACCUGCCUACAUGCAGGAGCCAUCAUAUUUGCGGCCGUGGGACUGAAAGCCGUGUUCGACUCUCACAAUCUCGCCAAACCCAAGCCCAUUGCCAAUCUGUACAGCUGGCACGCCUGGAUGGGUCUGGCCACUGUGAUCCUCUUUGCCAGUCAGUUUGUCUUUGGCUUUGUAAGCUACCUAUGGCCCAAGCUGAGCCAGAAUGCACGAGAGUUGUACAUGCCUCUCCACCGUUUCUGGGGAAUGGCGAUAUACGUCAUGGCUAUAGCCACAGCCUUCAUGGGGAUGAUAGAAAAAAUAGGAUUUAUUGGUUUGACAUCCAGUCUCCAGGACCCGGAGAGACUACUGACCAACAUGCUGGGACUGGCCUUGCUGUGUCUGGGUCUGGUGGUCAUCUACGUGGUCAGUCACCCUGACUACAAGAGACAACCACUGGCCGAGGAGCAGACACUACAGCUCCAGGAAUACCAAGAAUAAGUCUGAAGAGUUGAUCUGAGCCAUAGUGGUUUCCCAUGUGUUUUCCAACUGUGCUAGCAGCUCAAAUGGUUUGAUGUUGUUAAAAACAAGAUUGUCAAAGGCAUGUUAAGUUUUUCUGUAGCACUUAGAUAAUUUCAGUAGAAAAGAUGUGCUUUCUACAGUGUUUACAGUUACAUUCGUCACUUGUUUUACAAUUUUUUUUCGACUCUUAUUCCACCCUAACUGCAAGUGAAUCCAGGAUCACAGCAGGGGGAUGGAGAGUUAAUCACAAGUUUAUGGAUGGGAACUCAUAAAUACAAAAUUUGAGAGGUACUUUUUAAUGUGUUUAUGUGGCUUCCUACAGUGUAUAGAUGUAAAAAUUUGUGCACUACUAAACAUUUAUCCUUCCUAAAGUUAGAUUAAUAUUUUUAGACAAGAAUUAUUGAAAAAGACUAACCUUUGACUUGGGUUUUGAGUCAAGAUGUUCCAAGUUGCUGUGAACUGACAGGACUUAGUGACGCACAUUGUAACACAGUGGUAAACUGAAGAAUCUCAUACAUUUGAGCAAAGCAUUAGAACCUGUAUUCUGUGUAUAGCGUUUGAAAUCAUAUCAGCUUUGGUUGAAACAUUUGAGAGAAGAAAAACUGUGUGAAGUUGCCCUUCAGAAAGAACUGAUAAUUCUUCUUGUUUGGAAGAGAAACUAAUGUAAUGAUAACUGUGUGUAACUCUGAUACUGGAACUUGAGUUAGCAACUGACUGAAGUUGCAGUCUUGACCUGAGACUUCUCGCUAGGAAAAUGGCCUGGAUGGAUUGGUCACCUGAUCUACUGGUACUGUCACAUGACUGGCAAUCGUCUCCAGUGCCCCUUCCCAUGUGUGUGAGAGUUAAAACCUGGGGUCUCCUUUUCUGUUGAGUGAUGGGUUUUCCGUUGCUCCCAGAUAGCCUCUUUGAUGCCAUGUUUGCUCCAGUUUUCCUCCAGAUCAAGAAUGAGGAAAUCUUUUUCAUCUUUUAUUUGACCAGUAUCUCUGGCGUGUGAGGAAAUUGCAGAGAAGGUCAGUUGCUAAUGUAAGGUCCAAUAUCAAAGGUGUACAUAGAUAGCAUUCUAAUUCUAUUGAAAUUAUAACUCAAAAACAUUCACUCAUUUGAGAAACUAAUAUAAUUAUGGUUAAAUAAUAUGAUAUUGGUGUUAUGUAAAGUUUAUUAGUGGUAUAACAGUAGAUAAUAUUACAUUUGCCCAGGAUAACUACUGAACUGCCAUCUAUUGGUGGCUAAGUACAUCAUGUGAGAGGAUAAAAAUUAAGUGGAAAUGUAGUAAGUGUGAUAGCUUUUUUUUUUUUUUAUAUUUUUCAAUGUAGGUAAUGUAAGUUAAUCUCUGCUAGGGUCCAUGUGAGGCAUUCCUGUCUGCUCAAUACUUCAGUGAGUGUGUGCUGAGGAUUUGAGAGUAGAUUAUUUUCACUAAAGUCGGACAAAUACAGACUGGUUUUCUAAGCAAAAGAACAGAAUUAUUGAAUUCCCAUAGAAUUUAAAUCAUAGGUUAUUCUGAAUAAAGAGUAGAUUGUGAUUCCAAAGGCAUAUGUUUAUUUGACUAGUUCAAAAAGUUAAUUCAUUUUGAUGAUACCUUUGGUGUAUGUGAAGUGUAUUAGAUUUGGGGAUAAUUGUCAUCAUGUUAGUAAUAGAUAGACCCCGAGUCAGCGAGGGUUAUGUGGCAUACACUAGUGUGAAGCACGAGUGGAUGUCA